AUAUAGUCAUACAUUAAGUGACAGUGACCCAAAUACGACCUAUUGUUUUAUACUUGAAACGCAAAAAUGAAGUUCACAAUUUUUACUUUUAUUGUGAUUAGCCGGAUGCUGUCAAUAGUGAGGUGCUUUCCGCAUGCGCAAAAUCAACCUGGAUCUUUUUUUCCACUGUCACAAACAUCUUGGCCGAAUCCAUUUGCAUCGCCAAAUCCACAACAGCAAUCUCAAUUAUCGCAACAGCCUCCACUUACGCAACAGCCAUCACCAACGCAAAGUCAAUCCGGAGCAACAUCACAAGCACCACAAGCACCUUCGCAAAGUCCAUUUGGAUCUUUUCUUCAACCACCACCAUUUUCAUUUCCUCCUUCAGGGUCUUCACCUUCGCAAAGUCAAUUACCACAACAGCAACCUCAAUUACCGCAACAACCUCCAAAUCCACAACAGCAACCUCAAUCACCGCAACAACCUCCCAAUCCACAACAGCAAUUUCAAUCACCGCAACAACCUCCACUUACGCAACAGCCAUCUCAAUUACCGCAACAACCUCCAAAUCAACAACAGCAACCACCGCAACAACCUCCAAAUCCACAACAGCCAUCUCAAUUACCGCAACAACAAAGAAAUGCUCAAGCUGGACUUUCAGGGAAUCCAUUUAUAGAUUUCCUACAGUGGGCAAUGACUCCGAUUCAAUAUAUGGCAUCAGUUUGUCAAGGUCAACUUUGAAUUGGGAACUUCAACUCUUUAAACUUAAAAAUGAAAUUUUCCAUUAUUUACCAUCACAUUAUUAUUAUUUAAACUUUCUUUAC